CGUGGCGUUGACUUAAUGCUGAGAAAGACCGAGGUCGACCCGCUCACUCACCGACCAGCUUAUCUCCUCCUUCUCCGGCGCCGGCGGAAGAAGAAGAAGAAGAAGCAGAUAAUACGGAGAGUGAGGGUGGCAAUGGAAGUGGAGAGGAAGAGAGUGUGCGUGACGGGGGCGGGAGGCUUCGUGGCGUCGUGGGUCGUCAAGUUUCUCCUUUCUAAGGGCUACGUCGUCCAUGGAACCGUGCGGGACCCUAGGGACGAGAAGUACGCCCACUUGAACAAGCUCGAGAGGGCAUCCGACAACCUUAAACUCUUCAAGGCCGAUCUGUCGGACUAUGGUUCUCUGCGGUCGGCCAUCGAGGGAUGCGCCGGAGUCCUCCAUGUCGCCUGCCCCGUCCCAUCCUCUUCUGUUCCCAAUCCUGAGGUGGAUGUGGUUGAACCAGCUGUAAAUGGCACACUUAAUGUUCUUAAGGCAUGCUCUGAAGCAAAAGUUAAGCGGGUCAUCUACGUCUCCUCUGUUGCAGCUGUGACAAUGAACCCGAACUGGCCUAAGGAGCAAGUUAUGGAUGAGACUUGCUGGUCAGACAAGGAGUACUGCAAAAUUACUGAUAACUGGUAUUGUUUUUCGAAGACAGAAGCUGAAAGUGCUGCUUCCGAUUACGCAAGACAAAACGGGCUUGAUGUUGUAGCAGUUUGUCCUGGCCUUAUAUUAGGGCCUGUUCUACAGCCGACAUUGAACGCGAGCACCUUGGUCCUCGUCAAGUUUACGAGAGGCAGUGAGGAUUCAGUUCCCGACAGGCUCCGUUAUGUUGUCGAUGUGCGAGAUGUUGCUGAGGCGGUAAUAAUGGCAUAUGAAAAAUCCAAGGCUGAAGGUAGGUACAUAUGCAUUGCGCAUUCUAUCAAGACGCGAGAUUUGGCGGAAAAGCUUUAUGGUCUCUAUCCUGACUUGACGUGCUCAAAGAAUUAUAUUGAGACUCAACACAACAAUAAGCUGAGCUCCGAGAGAUUGCUGAAGCUGGAAUGGACUUACCGGCCACUCGAGGAAACCCUUGUGGAUUCCAUCGAGAGCUACCGGGCGGCUGGGCUGCUUAAGUAGUUAUAUGAUCUCCGGUUGAAACUUUACAAUGCGAAGAAAAGCUGUUGUCCUUCAUUUCUAGACAAAAAAUUGUUCCGAAUUAUGCUUUUUGUUCAAACCUGGAAAGGCAAAUGCUUUGAACCUUCGAGUUACACCGAUGAUAAUACUCGUUUUGUAAGUUCA